AAACGAUUCAAAUCCAGUCUUUCACAUCGCGCACUUUUCGCCCGUCCUCAGCGAUGAACUUUCGGCUGCCUUCUUUUCAUCAUUAAAUCCCUGAAGACAGUUGGAUAAGUCAUCACAUCAUCAUGCUACCACAGUGGAGCAGGGGCUUGCGCGAGAACGUCCUUCGCAUUCCCAGUACGCUCAAGGCUUGUUUCCCCAGUAUUCAAAGGAGGGUGAACAAUGUGGAUCUUCGAGGGGCGUAUAUUAUGUACGAUAAAUUCACUGGAUUGGAUCGAGUUCGUACUGCACAUGAGGAAGUUAUGCUGGCAGAGAAGAAUUUUAUCGACCGACAGUUGGAACGGAGAGCAUGCCAGACGGAAUGCUUUCGACUGGAAGAAGCGCGAAAUCGUCUAAACAUACAGCUAGACAGUGUCAGCCGUAGUGACGAAAACUUUCUUACCCUUGUUACCCAACUGCAUGAACUCUCUCGCCAACACAAAGACGCCAGGGAAAAGCUGUCCAGCGUGGAGAGUGCGGAACAGCUAGCGUUUGAGCAAUUUUCCGGAUGCCUUCGAAGAUCUCAAGCGGAAGAACGGGUUCAAGCCAAUCGGAUGCGACAAUGGUCCAUUGGACUGAGCGUUCUCGCAGGGCUUGUUGGGUUCAGUGCCACAUGGGUGCGGUUCAGGAAUCAAGCUACUGUACACCCUGCCUCGACAGUGGCUGUUGCCGCAGCUGACAAAGAAGUCUUACUUCCUGUUCUACGUGAACUUCAGCACACAAACGAACAGUGGAAGGAGACCAUCGCAUCCUUGUCCGGAGUCAUCGAGUCUUUGAAGACGGAUCUGUCAAAGGCUGAGGCGACAGGCAGCGUGACAAGCAAGUCGUGGCAGACUGUUGUGGAGCCUGUUGAGCCACACGAUCGAGGAGUCCCCGUUUGGACGCUUUUGGCUUGUGGUGUUGGAACAAUUUCCUUCCUGCUUUCAAUUUGGGUUCAAGUGGAAUAUAAGGUUGACGGAAACUCGGGGACUUCGCCUACCUGA